AACAUGUUUUAGACGGAGUACUUUUACAUCCUUUCUUCUGUUUUCUUGUCUUUCCCGUUACCUUCCGGGAGCCCGCAACUCCUGCCAUCAAAUUUUUAGGGUUUGAAUUCGCUGAUACCCCCAAUUCUUCGAAAAUCCUCGACUAAUCACACGAUCUUAUCAUACUAUCUUUCAAUUUCUCAUAUAAUCCUUACAAUGUCGACGGGUCAAGCGAGGGCGGUGUUAGAAGGGGACUUACAGAUAGUUGCGGUGGCAGAUAAGCCGUCGACAGUGGCUGCUUUGCCGCCCAGACCACCUGCAAGUGGUGGUUCGUCGAACAACGCGCUCGUGGAGUACACUCGCCCUCGCUUUAAAGAAGAAGAGGAAGAUUUGGAGAUAAAACUACGUCGUAUUCUCGAGAAUGUUCCUGUUCGUGUUAGUAACACUUCCGGUAGUUCUGCUGGUUCCGGCUCCGGUGAUUUCCACCAGUAUCGGCAAAUGAGGCGGAAAGAGCAAGACAGACUUGUGAGAAUUGAGGUUGACUAUCAAAGAAGGAAAGAGGUAGCAGAAUUCGAAUAUAGAAGAGAACAAAGACUGAAAGCUGCCGAAGAACAAUCAUCAAAAAAGCGUGCAAAACGUCAAAAGAAGAAGCAGAAAAAGAAGGAGAAGAGAAGCAAACUUAAUGCCGGUGGAGGAGAGGAGCAUCAGAAAGAGGGUGUUUCCGAUGACAGCGGAGAUUCUGAUAAUGGUGAGAAGACAGCGGACGAUUGAACGUGAUUUUCCUGCAACUGCAAGAUUACACAAAUUGGUGACUUUGUGAUUGGCUGAAACAAAAGAUAUGGGGCUGCCCUUGAGCCUUACCAACUGUGGGAUCGUACGGCUGGAAACUAAAAAUGAUAGUUGCAUGGUUUGAUCCUUCUUGGAUACUCAUGGCUAAGCGUCAACAUUUAUGUACUCUCCUGACUGAGCCAGUUGGUUAUCGGCGAUGUAGUUUCUUUUAUAGAACGCGAAGUUGUAUGCGUAAUUUACUCGCUAACCACUCUACUACUUAAUCCAUAUGCGCUUGCAUAAUUUUUUAUUUUA